AUGGCUGUGAAGUCUCUAACAUCACAGCAACUAGUACGCAUUCAUCAGUUGUUUCGUCAAGCCAAAUUUGAUGAUCCCAGUGGUCAUUGUCUUAGCCCUGCUGGCGAAUACAAUCUUCGAUUAGGAAUUAUAAAAGAACUUCACCCAGACAUGGUUGCAACAUAUUCUGGCAGUGCUCAAGUUUUUGAAGGCCACCCUUUCAUUGUGGAAGCAGGAAUCAGUAUAGGUGGAAAAGAUGUCAAACAAGGUUUGAAUAUAUUUCGUUUUGCCAAUAGAAUUCCACUACUUUUUGAGCAAGGUGCCGAUGUUGUCACCAGGACUGCACUUAAAAGAAUCAAGUUCAAUGGAAUUCCAGAGGUCAACCAAUCAAGCAUAAUAGCAAGACUUUUGCUAGUUUCAUUGGUGUCACAGUUCGUCGGUUAG